AUGGGGCAUAAUCGUGAGUCACAAGAUAAAUGGAAGUACCUGAUCGUUUUUAGUAAAUUCGUCGUCCAGUUCGUUGAGGUAGCGACAGUGAAGUCGUUCGGAGUGUUGAUCCCCACCAUGUUAGAUGUGUUCUCAAUUGAUGCCUCGUCACUUAUGUUACUAGCCCUAGCUUGUAGCAUGCCGGCUUCCAUGAUGGCGUUUGGAUCUCUACCUAUGGCGUAUGUACUCAAGAGUGCUUUUAUCUCACCUCGAGCGAUGGCUGUUACGGGAGCUAUUACAUCGUCUUUAGGAAUCAUCAUUUCUGGUUAUCUGACUUCUGUAUUUGCUCUGGGAUUCUGCCUUUCGAUAACAGGAUUAGGACUCUCAAUGGUAUACAUAACAGUCAAAGUCUUACUCAACGACCACUUCCCGGAGAAUUUCGUUCUUGUAAAUACGAUAGGCCAUCUCGGAAGCACGGUAGGCGCCCUGGUCGUACCGUUCAUCGUCGAGAGGGCGCUUCGCGCUUAUGGAUUCAGCGGUGCCAUGCUCAUUCUUGGAGGUAUCAGCAUGCAUGCCAUUCCUAUCAGUGUUUAUCUCAAGCAGACUAGAAGAGCAACAUUCGUAAAGUCGGCAAAGGCAAUUGACUCUUGCCAAAAACCUUUAAUCGACGGUGAUGACUGCGACCGUGAGAGCACUGAGGUGAUUGCAACCCACGAUGAAGAAUCACGCAGCAUUUUACCACAAACAGACGAAUCACAGAAUCGACGAAAGCAGCGUUGGGCGGUUCGAUUGUGGCAUUCGGUUCAAGGUUGCAUCAUCAUCCAAGAACCGCUUUUAUUACUGUCAUUACCUUGCCUUCUGCUCUCAGCAGUUGUUGUAAAUUCGUGGAUUCUAUUCCUUGUCCCACGGGCGGUAUGGCAUGGAAUACCUGUCUCAAAGGCCGUCUUACUAUCAUCUCUAGCCGGCGCUGGGGGGUUUAUUGGACGGAUAAUGUCCAUCAUAUUUCUCUUCCUUAAAAUUGACUUCAUCUUAGUUUUUCUGAUCUUCGGCGUGAUAUCAACAACUGUUUUCUUACUCGAUCCACUGUUGACGUCAUUCCCUGUCAUGUGCGUCGCUGCCUUCCUUCAGGGAGUGUGUGUCUUCAGCUUUGUGAUUUCUUACGCUGCGCUCCUAAAGGGUUCCGUCUCCAAUGAGAACUUUACGGUUGGAUCUGGAAUCUUUGGUUUUGUGGCAGGCCUUGGUGGCAACAUCGGGAGUCUAAUGUCAGGUGCGAUCAAAGAUAAGACGGGAUCCUACACGACAGUCUUCCUUACUCUUGGAUUUAUUAACUGUCUAGUAGUGUUGCUCACCAUUGCCUUCCUUGUUGCUCGACAUAGAUGGACUCGUCUAAAAUCCUAG